AUGUUUUCCAAGGCAUAUGGAAACCCAUCGACAGAUGUGGCGGAGUUGGCGACUACCAUCCGUCUUACUGCUAGCCCGGUUGUUGAGGUUGAUCAACCCAUAAGCACCCGCUCACUUAACACUCAAGUACCUUUCGCCGACUCUUAUCACAGAGGGCUUGGUGAACCUGUGGAAGGCAUACUCACUCCGUGGUCUCGUGGAAGUUUUGGUCUAGUUGGUAGUCCCUGCUUACAAAUGACGCCGGGGCAGCACUCGCAGCCUCUUAUAGAGCGUCGAUGCUUCUCGGACGACGAGCUUUGCCUUCGCAGCGCCUGCCAUCACCACGUCUGUUACGGGUGGUAG